AUGAGUUUCGCCGUCUUCCUCACUGUGACUUCAACGUUUUUUGGACUAGCGCUCUCUGAGUCCACGCGCGCAAUAGAUUCUGAUUUUGCGGACCCAUGUGUGAUCCAAACAAAUGACGGCUACUAUGCAUUUGCUACGAGUGGGAACGGCGUAAACGUCCAAGUUGCAUCAUCUGCUGAUUUCUCAACUUGGGAUCUUCUAUCUGGCACCGACGCCUUGCCCGGCCCUUUUCCAUCAUGGGUCGCAUCAUCUCCCGCUAUCUGGGCACCGGACGUGAAUCAAAGGGAUGACGGGACCUUUGUGAUGUAUUUUUCCGCUGCAACAAGCGAGGACUCGACCAAACACUGUGUCGGCGCAGCCACAUCCACCACCAUUACUGGGCCGUAUACUCCAGAAGAUAGUGCGUUGGCUUGUCCCCUGGGCCAGGGUGGCGCGAUCGAUGCAGACGGAUACAUGGAUGCUGGGACCUAUUACGUCGUUUACAAGAUCGAUGGAAACAGUCUUGAUGGCGAUGGGACUACUCAUGCUACUCCCAUCAUGCUGCAAGCCCUGAACUCAGAUGCCGUCACUCCGAAUGGGGAUCCCAUCCAGCUUCUUGAUCGAGAUGAUGCCGAUGGGCCAUUGAUUGAGGCUCCGAGUUUGGCAAAUGUGGACGGAACCUAUUAUCUUACGUUUUCUUCUAAUAUGUAUGAUACGACCGCUUAUGACGUUAGCUAUGCCACGGCUUCGGCGCUCGGUGGGCCUUACACUAAGGCCCAGGCACCCAAUGCCCCUUUGCUUGUAUCUGGGGACCCCAGUAAUGUGGGGAAUUUGGCAGGACCUGGUGGGGCCGACUUCAAUGCGGAUGGUUCGAAAGUUGUAUUUCAUGCAUUUGAGAAUGGCCAGAACAUUGACAAUGGCCGGGCGAUGUAUGUUGCAGAUAUUGGUGUCUCUGGUGGUGUGAUCACUAUCCAGUAG